AUGAUUGAUUCUAACUUAAACUCCCUGACGGUUGGUCCCGAUAAAGAGGAUGAUUCUCCUCAGAAGGCAGAUAAAAGAAAGCGCCAUCGAAGGAGCAAAAAACCUAAAGCUCAAACAGCUGAGUUAGGCUCUGAGAAAGAAACACUUUGUGAUGCUGAAGUAGUGGAACCAAUUAAAACUUCGGAUAACGAAGUGACGGCACCAAAGAGAAGAAAGAAUAGAAGAAAGAAGGGAUCUGGUGCCGGUUUAGCUUCAGUUGGAUCUGCUGAAGAAAAAACUGAGGUAGUAGCGGAUGACAGUAAGCCUAAGAAAAGAAAUCGUGCUAAGAAGAAUAAAAAUAAGGAAAAAGUUAAUAUCACAGGAAAACAUAUUCCGGUCAGUUCGUUAUUCGAAAGGCCCGAAAACAAUAACAUGUUUGGCAAUGCUUCCUUGAGCGCAGAGGGACUAGCUCUGUUAGAAGAUAUACAGAAUCAUCGAUCUGGAAAAACCAAGUUACGAACUGGUAAGAUUGAGAUGAGCGAGCUAAUGGGUACGAACCGUAGUUCUUCUCGAUCUGUUCGCUCUAUUUUGGAGCAACUAAGUGGCACUAAGGUUGAUCCCGAAGUUCUUCUUGGUUCUUCUCGAGUUCCUCUACUUGCUGGAUUCCCAUCCUUAGCUCAUCGUGGAGACUCUUUCUCGUCUGCUCUUCCAGCUGAUUUGUUCAAAUCAACAAUGGAUGCUUACGCUUCUCUUCAUGGUGAUAUGCACUCUUUAGGAAGUAGACCUAUUUCACGUUCAUCUGUUAGGUCUAAUCCAAGAAGUUAUGGAAAUGAAGCUGUUUCCCCUAAUCACAUUAUGCCAUGGAUUAAUUUCGCUCCCAUGUAUCCCCUGGACAAUAGACAGCACAAAGGAGAACACAGGUCACCGGGAUAUCAACGACCCCAAGGAAUGGGUGGACACUCUGUAAAUGCUGGAGGUUCUGGAUCUAAUAGAUCUAACCAUGGACCUUCUCAUAAUAAUCAACGAGGAUCCUACCACAACUCGUAUCCUAACAGGAUGAAUAGUAAUAACUCUAGCCCUCACCACAAUCGAUCUUCUCCCGGUCGUUUCCAACAAACGCCUAACAAGCCUGGAAACCACAAUCAGCGAAUUAGAAAGUCACACUUCACUCCCUAUUUGAGUGGAGAGCUUGUAUCUCGAGGAUUAGUGAAAAAGGAACUGAUCAAGGGUGCUUUAAGAGUUAAUCAACGAAAUUAUGAAGAAUCUUACAUUGAUAAUCCUGAUGGUGAUGAUCAGAUGGAUCUUCUUAUUCUCGGCUUACAAGAUCGCAACAGAGCUCUGCAUGGCGACAUCGUUGUUGUCAAAAUCAAACCUAGACAAUUCUGGGUCGUCCGCGAAAAUCUAUACCAGGCAUGGAGAUCUGGUCAACUAGAUGUAUCUAGAGAUGAUAAUGGUCUUCCGUUGACUAUCCCUCCUGUUCAAGAAGAUGACACUACUGAUUCUGUUGAUCUCGUUCUUGGAGGCAUUUCUGAUCUCAAGCUGUCAAAGUCUGAUUUAAAGGCAUCUAUUCCCGUGUCUCCUGAAAAUAAGUACAACAGAGAAGAAAUGGUUCUCAUCGGAGCUCAAUUAGAGCAUGCUCGUAGAGAAUCUCCAGUGGCUGAGCAGAAUCCACUCUGCAAGCCUCAACCAGUUGUUCAAGAAAUGAUAACUAACCUCUCUAUCGGAAGAGUAGCCGAUGUUCCAUUGAGUAGCUCACCAAGAAAGCCAGCUUCUUCCCGAAAACCAGCUAACUCCGUUAACCGCCGCACACAAUGCAGAAUGCUUCAAGAUAUGCCACCAGAGGAUUGGGGAAUGCCCGAUUUCUGUUUGCAGAAAACUGCCGAGGUUGUAUUCAUUUCGGAAGUCAAGAACUCGAGAAAUGCCAUGGGACAAUUGAGAGUCAUGGCCGACAACAACAGAAACUGUGCUCUUUUCUCACCUACCGAUCCUCGUAUACCACGAAUGAUGAUUCCUGCUGCUCAACUUCCUCAGGAUUUCUUCGAGCGUCCCCAGGAUUAUUCUAAGUAUAUUUUUGCUGUCAAGCUUGAGAAAUGGGAAGAAACUGAUUUGUUCGCUACUGGUCAUCUUCUCCGAACAUUAGGAGUUGCAGGAGAUAUAGAAGCAGAAACUGAGGGUCUUCUCUAUCAAAAAAAUAUUGAUGCGAGAGAGUUCUCUAGUGCAGCUCUCAGCAGUUUGCCAAUUACAGAAGCAAGUCAAUGGACUAUUCCAGAGAAAGAAUUCACAUACAGAAAAGACCUUCGAGAAGAAAUUAUUUUCACAAUUGAUCCUUUGACUGCUAGAGAUCUUGACGAUGCUCUACACAUCAAGCCAAAAGAGAAUAUUGAUGGCAAAGGCAAGAAUGGAUGGGAGAUUGGUGUUCAUAUAGCUGAUGUUACUCAUUUCCUGAUUGAGAAUUCUGAGCUCGAUCACUGGGCUACUCAACGGGCAACCAGCACAUACCUUGUGCAUAAAGUUAUUCCUAUGCUGCCCAGAAUAUUGUGUGAGCAGCUCUGCUCUCUCAAUUCAUCUGUCGAUAGACUAGCCUUCUCUGUUAUUUGGGAUGUUGAUGACGAAGGAAUCAUACAUUCUGAGUGGUUCGGAAGAUCUAUUAUCCGAUCUAAAGUGAAACUGUCAUAUGAACACGCACAACAGUUCAUUGAGAACCCAGAGGAAAAGUUCGAGACAUCUCAAUUCCCUGAUAUCUGUGAUAAUGUAGAACUUGAUGUUAUCAAAACUAAGGUCCUACAACUUAAUGCUGUUGCCUCGAAACUAAGAGCAACCAGAAUCGCAAAUGGAGCUUUACGUUUGGAUCAACCAAAGCUCAAGUUCGCUCUAGAUGAGGACAGAAAGUACCCUAUUGGAGUAACUGUUUAUGAAAUCAAGGACUCCAAUCGACUUGUUGAAGAGUUCAUGCUUAUGGCAAAUAUGUCUGUUGCGAAAAAGAUUGAAGGAGCUUUCCCUCAAGUUGCUCUGCUUCGUAACCAUCCUUCUCCAAACAGAAAAGUUAUGAAGGAAGUGCUCGAGUUGUGUGAGAAGAUCGGCUUCCCACUAGAUGGCUCGUCAUCAGGACUUCUGUCAUCAUCUCUUCGCAAAUUUGAAGGAGACCAAGAACUUGUGAAGAACAUCAACCAAGUGCUGUCUAUGCUAAUGAUGAAAUCAAUGAGGCUCGCUCAAUAUUUCUGUACUGGAACGAGAGACUCGAAGGAAUCUUAUCAUCAUUAUGCUCUUAAUGCACCAUUCUACACCCAUUUCACUUCACCCAUCAGACGGUAUGCUGAUGUUAUGGUUCACAGGCUUUUAGCUGCUGCAUUGAACUACUCCGCUCCACCAGAGAAAAGUAUUCAAGAAGUCGAGAAGAUUGCUAGAAUCUGCAAUGAGAAGAAACAAGAUGCUAGAGACUGUAGUGAAGCUAGCGAUGAGAUGUUCUUUGCUAAUUUUGUGAAGGAGUGUGGACCUAUCGAAGAACGUGGAGUUGUUGUCAACGUUUUAGACCAGGCUUUCGAUGUUCUAGUUCUCAAAUACGGAGUCGUUAAAAGAGUAUAUGUUAAUAAGCUCGACAUGGCAAGGGAUCCAGUCCAUCGUGAGGGACCACCACCUACCCUCACCCUUUAUUGGAAUUCUUCAUCAGGGUCAGGAAAUGCCGCUGUUGAACAAACUAUUCAACUUUGUUCAAUAGUUGACGUUGUUCUCUCAGCUUUGCCUGAGCCAACCAAGUAUCAGGCUGUCAUAAAAACAAAGUCUACUCAAGAAACUCCAACACUUCUGGAGAAUUAUAAUAAAACUUUAGAAAAUUAA